AUGGCGCGGCUCUGUGCGCUCGCUGCAUGGCUUUGGUUCUCAGGCGCAGCGAAGCAGCCGGAUCUUGACUUGGGCGCUCUCUUCGAAGGCCUGGGAGCGCUGCAGAAUACCGGCAAGGGCGGCAAAGGAUCACCGCGCGCAGACGCCUGCCCCGCUGGUCAGUCUCCCGUCCCCAAGCUGGACCAACAUUCACGCAUGACUGCCAACGGCUGUGGUCCGCAGGGCCUGGUGGUGAAGGAGCCGCAUGGAUUGUUUCGCUGCUGCAACAGCCACGAUGUAUGCUUUUCUGUAUGCGGGACCUCACACGACUUCUGCGAGGACGAGUUCUCCAAGUGCAUGAAGGAAGUCUGCCAAACUCCGUUAUCUGGAGAGCAUCAGGAGUGCAAGCAACAGGCCCAAUCAUUCUCGUCAAUGACGAAAGUCUUUGGCUCAGGCUUUCACAAAGCCUCUCAACAAGAUUCCUGCCAAUGCGUUCCCAAGGACGAGGCAGGCCAGAAGCACAGGGAGUACUUGGAAACUUUCUACAGACUGUACAACGAGUCCAUGCUGGACACGCAGACUUUAGAGUCGCAGCUCUCCCAGUGGAAGGGCAAAGAGGCCGAGCUGUAUUUCGACCUGGUGAAGCGGUACGGCCACCUUUUUGUGCAGUUCGACGAUGUUCCAAAGGAGUUUGUGCACAUUCCUGAGGCAGGGGCAGGGGCGAUCCACCGCUCGCAAGAACGUGCUUCUGCCCAGCAGGAUAGCGAGCUGAGCCGAAGCCGCUUGCCCUUUUCCCGCUGCCUGCCAGUUUCCCCGGAUGCAAAGCAUCUCAUGGCAUGCUCCGCAGCGCAAGCAGAUAAGAUGAGCAAGGUGGCCGUAAGUUUUCUCACGGAUGAGCGAACUGAGUGUUGGUUCAUUCGAUGCACCUCUUGGCAUGUCCGCAAAGACCAGGCCGCCGGCAUCUUCAGGGGAUCCCCGAAGUUCUUGAACAGCAACCAGGUUCUGCUUUACAGAGGCAGUGAUGAAGAUCAAGACGGCCCUUGCUGGAAGCUGUCUUGGAAAGAAGAUGGCGAUGACGAUGAGGACAGUGACGAGGCGAAUGACCGCAUCUUGUUGGAGCACCUGUGGUCUGCAGAGAACGUGAAGGACGAAGUUGCGGACCACAAGAUAGGGUGGGACUUCAGCCAGAAAGGUGGGACCCCCUCUGCUCCGCCGACUGGGUCCUGGACGUCCGAGAGAGGCGUGGGAAUUUGGGGAAGCCCGGGCAAGAACCCGGUUUACGUCACGAAGAUUGACAAUCCGCCUUUGACACUGCUUCUUUCAGCCCUGGGGCUGGCCAAGAAAUACAUCGUCGAGUACAUGGUGCGGUGGCUGAUGGAGGCAACGUGGGAAAGGCUGACCGCACAGACGUUCGAACAGAUCCUUUCCACAGCCAUUCUGUUGGACAUUUCCCCAUUACGCAUGCGAUGUCUGCGAUUUGCCGAGACUUGCAGCGAGAUCCGCUCAAGGUACGACGGAGGCAACAUCACAGAGCCUUUAGUGUCAUUCGAGCUGCAGGCAGUGUGGCCACAGCGCGAAACGAAGCGUCGCCGCGUUUUCUGA